AUGCCGGUGGUUGGUGUUGCGUCGAAACUCCGUCAACCAGCAGUGGGAUCCAAACCCAUCCACACUGCACUGCCCAUUCCCAACCCAGGGAGGAGCAGCAUGGCACAUGGACUGGCACCUAGGAGCUCAGAGCUCAGGAGCUCGGAGUCUUCAAUGCUCUCCUGUCAGCUGUCACUCAAGACGCAGAUCCAAGAUAGGAGGACGAUCCCGACUGCAACUCUGACUUUGGCACGCAGCAACAGAGAUGCAGAAGAGAAUAAGAUCUGCAAGAUCUAUACUGAUUGGGCGAACCAUUACUUGGCCAAGUCCGGCUGCCCGAGGCUUAUUAAGGACCUGACUCAGGACAUACCCGAUGGAGUUCUGCUGGCAGAAAUCAUCCAGAUAAUAGCUAAUGAGAAGGUAGAAGAUAUUAACAGUUGCCCCAAGAGUCACUCUCAAAUGAUUGAGAAUGUGGAGGCUUGUCUGAAUUUUUUAGGGGCCAGAGGAGUCAGUGUCCAAGGGCUCUCUGCUGAAGAGGUCUGUAAUGGGAAUCUGAAGAGCAUCCUGGGUCUGUUCUUCAUCCUGUCCCGCUACAAGCAGCAGCAGCAGCACCAGCAGCAGUAUCUGCAGUCAUUAGUGGAGCUUCAGCAGCACGUCACGCAUCAGACCACCGGGGCGGUGCCAGCGAGCCAGCACAAAACACAAGACAUGCAGUCCAGUCUCACCGCACGAUACACAAGUCCACCAGGUCACAGUGGAAUAGCAGCCCCUCAGAAGAAAAACACAAGGUUACCAGGCCCCUCUAGAGUCCCCGCUGCAGGCAGCGGCAGUAGCAGUAAAGCCCACAGCUCUUCUAACCUGAAUCGAAGGAGCCAGAGUUUCAACAGUAUCGACAAGAGCAAACCACUCCAGUAUGCUAGUGGCAAUGACAGAGAGUCGGUGAAGGGCAUCCCUCUGCCAUGCAGCAUGAACGGCAGUGGCUCUGUGCCAUCCAGCACCAGCGGGCAGCAGCUGGCCUCUGCCAUACCCUCUCCCACUGCUGGUAAGUCCUGGCGUAGCAAGUCCAUGAACAUGAAGCACAGUGCCACCUCAUCCAUGCUGGCCACCAAACCGCCUAGCCCAACCGCAUCCCCAACCCUUCCCACCUCAUCCGAUCGCCUACGACCGCCCAUCAUAGACGCUUCCAAAUCAGCCCCGGGCAACCAACGUUCCAUGCUGGAGAAGUUCCGCCUCAUCAACCCUCGCUCCGCUUCCAGAACCUCGCCUUCGGUGGCCGAAAUGGCUCUCCAAGAGGAAGAUGACCUGUCAGAGUAUGGAGACGAGGGGACCUGCAGUCCUGUGCCACCCUGUGGGAUCUCUAAACAGCAGGGGAAGACCUCUACUCCUUCCUUUGCGCCCCCCAGCAAGAAUGUAGCUACCACCAACAACUGCAAGAACCACAACAAUAAGUCGCUGCCACAGCCCAAAGAUAAGGAGGACAAGAAUAAGACAAAAAGCAAAGCCAACACGCCACCCAAAGAGGAACCAGUGAUAGUGGAGUCUGCUAAAAAAGGCUCCAAGAUCGCCAGCUUUAUACCAAAAGGAAACAAAAUGUCUACAGCCUCGGUCAAGAAAGAAAGUGCUAUUCCCGCCUCCAGCGGCAUCCCCAAGCCCGGUCUGAAGGCACCAACGGGGACAGCCAAGCCUGCUGGAGCACAACCUAGUGUACCUGCAACAAGUGUACCUUCAACAGGUGGUGAAAAGACCAAACUUAGCAAAGGUGGUCAGUCUAUAUAUAUGCAGAGAUCUUUAGGAGGGUUGGAAAAUCGUAAGACCAGCAUGGUGUCUUCAACCAGUAGUUCGGCACUUUCUGGAUCCGCUGCUUCUCACGGACUGGGUGGAGGUGUGGCACUUGGGGGUAAUGGGGCCGUACAACUGCCCCAGCAGCAACAGCACAACCACCCUAACACAGCAACAGUUGCCCCCUUCAUGUACAGGACAUACUCAGAGAACGACUGCACUACAGUGGUCCCCCCUGAACCGUGUCUCAGUCCCACAAAAGACCUGGUCUACAGCAAGACCGCCAAACAGUGCUUGGAGGAGAUCUCAGGGGAGGAUCCAGAGGCCAGACGGAUGCGGACAGUGAAGAAUAUAGCCGAUCUGAGACAGAAUCUAGAAGAAACCAUGUCUAGUUUACGUGGGACGCAGAUUAGCCACAGUACUCUAGAGACAACGUUCGACACAACAGUAACUACAGAAGUGAAUGGUCGUGGCCUUCCCGCCCUCUCGAGUCGCUCUUCCCCCAUGGCUUGGCGUCUGGGCCAAACAUCAAGCCCUCGUCUGCAGGCCGGUGAUGCCCCUAGCUAUGCUCAGCCCAGAUCCAGUGCUGGCACUACUGGUCGCUAUGGUGACACCUCAAGGUUGUUGUAUACUGCCCCCCUGAGGAGAGCGGCCGCCUCAGGGGUCAGAGAGUCAGAGACAGGGGAGAAAGGCGGGAUUUCAGAGGUGGAACCAGAAGUGGACGUGACAGGAUACUGCAGUGAUGGAGACAUACUGGCCAAGAAUGUACAUGCAGAAGACAUCAGUGGGUAUCACACAGACGGAGGUCUUUACUCUCGGAAUGUGGAUCUUUACUCUCGGAAUGUGGGUCGCCCUCCUGAAUUGACGCCCACUAGAGAAGUCAUCCAAAAAGGGGUCAAAGAGAUGCAAGGGGAGGACAGCUGGGAUGACAGUAGUUCGGUCAGCAGUGGUUUAAGUGACACUUUAGACAAUAUCGGCACUGACGAUCUGAAUUCAUCCACAUAUUCAGGCAUUUCACCUCGCAAGAGCAAAGCAGCACAGUGGCAUAAAGAUGCACACAGACACACCGAGCAGGAUGGCAGUAGCUGGGCUGGCGCUGAAGAUCUGAAGAAGGUUGAUGAAGAGAUGGAACCAGGGAUGGACCCUUCCUCCAAGUGGAAGACUUCCUCCUCUUCCAUGUCAGGUCAGGGUGAUGAUGUUGGCCAGAAGACAGGUUUGCCCAUGUCCCAAACAGGCUCCUGGAGGAGGGGCAUGAGUGCCCAGGUUGGCAUCACACCACCACGGACCAAAAGCACAUCCACCCCCAUCAAAACACCAGGUAAAACGGAUGAUGCCAAGGCAUCUGAGAAGGGCAAGGCCCCAUCUAAAAGUCCCAGCAUCCAGUGCUCGCCAUCAGAUACGGGCAAGGGCAGCGGAGAUGAGGGGAAGAAGCCGCCCUCAGGCAUCGGACGGCCACCGACUACCAGCUCUUUCGGCUUCAAGAAGAUCCCAGGACCCGCCGGGGCUCUUAUCACAGCUAGCGGGGCCACUGUGGCCAGUGGCUCUGCGACUUUAGGCAAGGUACCCAAGUCUGCAGGUAUUGGGAAGGGUGCAAGUAUCGGCAAUGGGCGGAAGACGAGUCUUGAUGGCGCUCAACACCAAGACGACGCUGUCUUGUUAGGCUGUGGUGGCUCAAAGGUUCCCCUCCAGUACCGCUCCUUGCCCAGACCGGCAAAGUCAUCUAGCGGGGGUAGCGGGGUGGUGGGCCGCAGUGGGCAUCGUUCCAGCUCCAGCAGCAUUGACUCAAAUGUAAGUGGAAAGUCUGCAGGGGGUAGUGGAGGAGUUGGGGGAACCACGACCAGCACAAAGAGAAGAGAUGCUGGGAAAGUAGGGUCAGGAUGCUCUAGUCCUGUCACCAUCAACCAGACGGAUAAAGAGAAAGUGGCAGGGUCUGAUCAAGAGGGAACGGGGCUGUCCACCUCCCCCAAAUCUAGUCCCACAUCCACACCAUCUGGACUCAGACAGCCAGGCUCCAAAUAUCCAGACAUCGCAUCCCCCACAUUCCGCAGGUUGUUUGGCAGUAAGUCCAGCAGUAAACCCAGUUCCCCUGGCACCCCUGACUCUGGUAAAUGCCCAUCAGCUUUGGGCAGUCCUCAUGGCACACUGACACGACAGGCCAGUAUGGACUCGCCCUCCUCAGGAACAGGUAGUCUGGGCAGCAUGGGUGGGCAGAGCGGAGGCAGCAGCCCGCUAUACAGCAAAACGUCCGACAUUGGCACAGAUUCCCUGGCCUCUAGUCCGGCGUCAGGCCUCUCUCUGCCCUCCAAUGCCCGCCCGUGGCCACCGAACCUGAGCAGCUCCUCUGCGGGCAGUAAAGACGCCCUGAGCUGCCACAGUAUGACCAGCUUACACACAAGCUCGGAGUCUAUUGACCUGCCACUCCCACACCACCACGGGCCAAAGGUCACGCGCACAGGCAGUGUCAAGUCCACCCUGUCUGAGGGCAUGCCUCUUGACAGAAAUACUCUGCCCAAAAAGGGAUUAAGGUACCCUCCCUCCUCCAGACAGACAUCACAUGAAGAGGGGAAGGAAUGGUUACGUUCACACUCCACUGGGGGUCUGCAGGACACAGGAAGUCCACUUUCACCACCGGGCACAGCAAGCACUAAUGCUGGCAAAUACCACUACUCAAACCUGCUGAGCCCCACCAGUAUGUCACAGUUCAAUCUUCCUGGCAACAGUAUGAGCCGUUCUAACAGUAUUCCAGCACAGGACUCCUUCGAGCUGUACGGGGAGGGGCACAUUUUGGGUGGCAGUGCCACCUCACUGGAAGAGCGGCCACGUGGCAUGAGUCGAUCCGGCUCCUUCAGAGACAGCACUGAUGAAGUCCAUGGUUCCUCUCUCUCUCUGGUCUCGAGCACGUCGUCUUUGUACUCUGCGGUGCUGGCCUUUUUAGACAAGACGGAGGAGAAGGCCCACUCCGAGGGCCAAACAGUCCAAAAUACAACGCAAAUCAGAAAACUGCGGCGAGAGCUGGACGCUUCCCAGGAGAAAGUGGCGACCCUGACCUCACAGCUGGCGGCCAAUGCACAUCUGGUGGCGGCAUUCGAGAAGAGUCUGGCAAACAUGACCUGUCGCCUGCAGAGUCUAACCAUGACAGCAGAGCAAAAGGAGUCCGAGCUGGCAGAGUUGAGAGAGACCAUCGAGGCUCUGAAAGCUCAGAACACCGAUGCCCAAACGGCCAUUCAAGUGGCCCUCAACGGUCCUGAUCACAUUCAUAAAGCAGACCUGCGGAUCCGUCGACAGCACUCGUCAGACAGUAUAUCUAGUAUUAAUAGCGCAGCUAGCCACUCCAGCAUGGGCAGCACUAAAGAUGCAGAAGACAAGAAGAAAAAGAAGAAAAGCUGGGUGGCUGAUUCCAUCCCUGCCCAGUUACGGAGCUCCUUCAAGCAGGCUUUCAGCAAGAAAAAGACCAACAAGCCCCAAACUUCUCACGAUGAAAUCGAGGAGAUAACCGACUUCUCACUCCCCUCUUCACCCAAACUACAACACACCAGCAGACAGACCAGCACCCCCCAACCACUGCGCUCUUCUCCUUCCACCACAGAACUGUGUGAAUGUACAGAGGCUGAGGCAGAGAUCAUCCUGCAGCUGAAGAACGAACUGAGAGAGAAGGAGCUGAAGCUCACUGAUAUCAGACUGGAGGCGUUAAGCUCCGCCCACCAUCUCGACCAGAUACGUGAGGCCAUGAACCGCAUGCAGAACGAGAUUGAGGUGCUUAAGGCAGAGAAUGACAGACUCAAGUCCAGCGGCAACACCACCCCAGCUGCCACGCCAGCUAAAACUGCCCGCCCCCCUUCAGAAACCUCCAGCACUUCCUCUUCUUCAUCACGCCAAUCUCUGGGGCUCUCACUAAACAACCUCAACAUCACCGACACCAUCAUGUCAGAUAUUCUACUGGAUGAUGGCUACGAGGGCAACCUACGCAAAGAAGGCAGGAGUGUCCAUAUUGUGGUCGCCAUCAACAGUGACUCCAAUAAGACCAAGGCAAUGCAAAAGAAGGAGUAUCUGAUUGGCUCCAUUGGCGUCAGUGGAAAGACCAAGUGGGACGUGUUGGACGGUGUCAUCCGACGACUGUUCAAGGAGUAUGUUUUCCGCGUGGACCCUUUGACCAGUCUGGGACUGAACUCAGAUAGUAUAGUGUGCUACAGGAUGGGUGAUGUGGUCCGAUCUCACACUUCUGAGGUACCUGAGCUGCUUCCCUGUGGUUACCUGGUGGGUGACAACAACAUCAUCACAGUCAGCCUCAAAGGUGUGAAGGAGGGUAGUAUAGAUGAUCUGGUGUUUGAUACACUCAUCCCUAAACCCAUCAUUCAGCGCUACCUAAACCUCUUGAUGGAGCACCGCCGAAUCAUCCUCUCUGGCCCCAGUGGAACGGGCAAAUCCUACCUAGCUACUAAACUAGCUCACUACAUCAUCUCCAAGACAGGACGAGAGGUGACCGACAGUAACCUGGCCAGCUUUAAUGUGGACCAGAAAUCCAGCAAGGAUCUUCGCCAGUACCUCUCUAGCCUGGCCGAGCAGUGCAAUACAGAGGUGUGUGAGAUGGAGCUGCCCACUGUAGUUAUUCUGGAUAACCUUCAUCAUAUUGGCUCACUCUGUGACAUUUUCAAUGGCUUUCUCAACUGCAAAUACCAUAAAUGCCCGUAUGUCAUUGGAACUAUGAAUCAGGGUGUGUCCUCAUCUCCAAAUCUGGAGCUGCAUCACAAUUUUAGGUGGGUGCUUUGUGCCAACCACACUGAGCCGGUGAAGGGCUUCCUUGGUCGUUUCCUGCGAAGGAAACUGAUAGAGACGGAGAUUGCUAAGAACAUGCGCAGUAACGACCUCAUCAAAAUCAUCGACUGGAUGCCUAAAACCUGGCAACACCUCAACACCUUCCUAGAAGCUCAUAGCUCCUCAGACGUCACCAUUGGUCCUCGGCUGUUCUUGUCCUGUCCAAUGGAUGCAGACGGCUGUCGUGUGUGGUUUACUGACCUGUGGAACUACUCUUUGGUGCCAUAUCUACUGGAGGCAGUAAGAGAAGGACUACAGCUAUAUGGGAAGAGGGCGGCAUGGGAAGACCCUUCCAAACGGGUGAUUGAAACCUACCCCUGGAGCUCUGCCUCCCUGCAGCAUGAAGGCCAAUCACUGUUGCAGUUGCGGCCAGAGGAUGUGGGAUAUGAUGGUUACAGUUCCUCUAAAGAUGGAGCCGCCUCCAAACAAGUAUCUCAGAGCGAUACAGAGGGAGAUCCACUGAUGAAUAUGCUGAUGAGGCUACAAGAAGCUGCUAACUACUCCAGCGCCCAGAGCUGUGACAGCGACAGCGCCAGUCACCACGACGACCUGCUGGACUCCUCAUUGGAGUCUGCUUUGUAAGUUCCGCCCCAUUAGAAGAGGAAUUCUUCUGAUUGGUUUAAAAGCAGAGCGACAGGCCCACAGGACUUGUGCUCAUGAGGCUUAUUAAAGGCCUGCGGAGGAUAUUUGACACCUGAAGAGGUGAAAUGAUGCAGCAUCCAGGAUACAGAUGAAAUGGUGCUGGUGGCACACUCAACACACAUGCAAAGUGUGUGUGUGUGUGCUUAUUACUAUUAAAAAAACAACUGCAAUAUAAGUUUGUUGGGUUCUGGAGGUGAUCUCUUAGUUAUAUCUGUUUACAGAGGCAGGUGUCUACUUUCACUGAGGUGCAACAAUCUAAAGGGCAACAUUCUGAAUUCUGACCUCAGUCUAUAAAAUUGGUGCUCCUGUGGUGCCAAAACCAACAAUCAUCUGGUUUACACUUAUCUCGCCAGCACCAUUCAUGAAACGCCUUUAGCCGACAAGCAAAAUCGUGCAUUGCGUCAUUACCGCUACUGUGAAAUCAUUCGCAAAUGCGCAAAUCUCUACCACUCGAUUCAAUGCCAAGCGUAUGGUGACCUACAGCAUUCUUACACCAAUGAUUGCGGCUUAUACACCGUUUCAUACAGUUGUGUUUCGGUCCACCCCACGGCCGUGUGCGUAGUUACUUCUCCUCUCUACAGGUACGAGGUGACUGCUUGUUGGAGAGUGUACCAGCUUUGUCAAAAAAGGCCAGAAAAUGGUGCUUUCUUUCCAGCCUGAUCUCAUGAAAAUUACGAGACUGGUGACAUUUCUUCAAAACGAUAGUACGUGAUUUCUUACACAUAUCGUGACAGUUGCGGGGGGAAAUGUCCACUGUGUGGUGCUAAAAGCGAGUUAAUAUUGCUCCCAAACAGAUGAUUUUUUAAGGUUAAUGCUCUCAAGUUUUAAAUCAACAAAACCGACCUCCCUACCCUAAAUCUUAAACCUAACCAAUUGUGUCAGAAAAAGCAACUGUGAGAGGAAAAACCUUUGCUGAAGCAACCAUGUCAUUUUGUGGUGCUUCUAUGACAUUUCAAUGACAGUUUUGCAAUACGUACAACGAGCCACGUAAAAAUCAUUUUACAAAACAAUGUAGGUAUAGUAACGUGAUUUCAUGAGACCAGGUUGUUUCUUGCUGCCUUAAGUGUGCUGAGCGCUGAAGACAUUUAAAUGUGGUGCCACUGUCCUUUCGCAGAAAUGAUGGUGUAGGACAUAAUUGUACAACCAUUUUCUUAUAAAUGCCACGUCUACAUAUUUUAUUUUUGUUACAAUUUGUGUGUUAAGUCUAAAACAUGCCAUAAUAAAAGUCCAAAUGUAUAAAGGAUUUAAAAAGGAUAUCUUUAUGUAAUUCCAGUUGAGCUGGGAUCACUUGAAUUAAGAGCACAAAUUUUAUGUGUCCCUUUAUUAGCAUGCUGUUUGUACGUUGCAUUAUGUGUGCAUUCACACGGAAACGGACAGUUUUCUCUCCUGUGCACCAGUGUUUGUGUAGUCUAAUUUUUAUUCAUCCUUUAGUUUUGGUUUGCUAAGUGGGUUUUGCACAAUUGAAAAGGUGAUUGUAAAUAUUCAAGUCUUGCACAGCUUCUUAAAGAUGCACUCUGCCCAGUCAAGGUUCUGUUUCCGCUCUUCUAGUCUUGCAUUACGCUUUCGUAAUUUACAAAGAAAAGAAAAAAGCAAUCCAGCAAACCUGUCCUAAACUUGUAUGUCUUGUAAUGACUGGUUAUUAUACAGAGCUCUAUACUGUACAGUGAGAGGUGAAGUGUUUUUCAAUCUCAGAAAAUGUUAGUGUCAAUUUACUAUUUAAGGGCACAAAAAUCAUCCAGAAUGGUUCACUGUUUAUCUUAACAAUGCAUCAGAGCCCAAUCAUAUCCAACCUGCAUAACACUGUUACACUGAAAUUGCUAUCUUGCAGCUGUGGAAUGCAUUGUCCCUAAAAAGUAUUUGGAUACUUAAAGGAAUAUUCUGAGUUCAUUAAAGCUCAAUCAACAGAAUUUGUGGCAUUAUUGAUUAUAAAAAUGGAGGUUGCAAGUGAGGCACUUGCAAUGUAAGUAAAUGGGGCCAAUGUUUUUAUUUAUUUAUUUAAUUUUUUUUUUUUUUCAUGUUUUUACGUCAUGUUUCUAUACUUUUGAAACAGUUAGUAUUUUAACAUGUAAAGAUUGGCCCCAUUCACUUCCAUUGAAAGUGCCUCACUAGAACCCAGAUUUUUGCUUUUAUUAAAGAAAAGGAGGGACAGGUCGAAAUUAUUCUUUGUGGUAAUCAACAUUAUGCCACAAAUGCUGUCAUUUAAACUUAACUUGUAUUGAACCCAGAAUAUUCCUUUAAGCCACAUGGAGUUAAACAUACCUGAACUGGAAGUGUUGGUGCUCGAUACUAGCUACUAAAAAAAUUCAGUCCGCACCAGUUCACACCAAUUGUGUCCAUCUGGACUAUUUUUUCAUUGUUUUGUAUGUAAACAUGCACCAGAUGGACAUCUUAAACCAUUGCGCAGCGCCUCACUGUUUUUUCAUCAUCUCGUGCGGAAGAGCCGCAAUUUUAGGUGCUGUGUCAAGUUAAAAAGACAUUUUAAAAAUGCUUUUCGAGACACCUGUGUUCAGUACACUGCAUUGUUUUGUUUUUUUUUUUUGCAAGAAUGUUUGGUCUGAACAGCCCCUGAGUCGCUUUGGAUAAAAGCUUCUGCCUAAUACAUAAAUGUAAAUGCAAUUUCUUUGCAUUUGACAACAAAUUAUGAAACCAAGUGUCAUUUAUUUAAAGAAAAAUCACACAAGCACACUUUAAGCAAAAAGUUUAGCAAAAAUAAGUUUGGUAAGUUUUGUAUGAUAAAAAAAUAGUUUAAAAUUAAAGCAAAAGGUAUUUGGGAACUCUUUAUGGAAUGUGUCCAUAUUUAAAAUGAUGAACGUCUAGGUUACGUAUGUAACCUUGGUUCCCUGAGGGGAACAAGACACUGUGUAUGAUCACUAUGGAACACCGUCCGAGUUUCACGUGGUCUGAAGCCCUUAAACGAUCAUGCCAAUUUAUUGGCUGAUGGCACUUAAGCGACGCCCCCAGGGAGCUACGUCACGGCUCCACAAUGGCACUCGCAUUUGUGCCAUUGAGUCAACAGCCUAUGCAGCUGCUAGAGUGUUAUGGCCAGCUACGCAGCGUCCCUUUCCCCUCAGGGAACCAAUGUUAUGUACGUAACCAAGACAUUCCCUUUCGUGGAACUCGAGCUGCAUAUAAUCACUAUGGGAACAAAAUACAUUCAUGCCAUGCGAACAGUAGCUGCCAACUGUCUAAGCCCGUGUGGCAAAUAGCGGCGCACAGGUGAGCUAAAGCGUCUGAAUGAAAGGAAUUAUGAGUUCCAACAGAGAGAACCUGGGAAGCAGGAGUCAAACCCUUGUCUAUAUUAUAAAAUAUAACAAAUGUAUGCAGAGAGGACCACCCUGUGGCCAUACAAAUGUCCUCCAAGGACGCACCUCUAGCCAAACCUCACGAGGAUGCCAUGCUCUUCGUAGAAUGGGCUUGAAUACCCAAAGGCGAAGGUAAACUGCACGCUUCAUAAGCACUUGAAAUUGCAACAAUAAGCCAAGGAGACAGUCUUUGCUUGGACACCGAAUCACCUCUGUUGCGGCCACCAAAGUAGACAAACAACUGCUCUGACUUACUCCACUGGCUAGUACGGUCAACAUAAACUCACAAGAAUAUGUAACAUAUCAUGGUCAUCUGACUCAAAUGGGGGAGGAGAGAAAGCCUGAAAAAUAAUGAUCUGUGAGCGAAAUGAUGUAGAAAUAACCUUGGGCAAAUAGCCCAAACGUGGUCUUAACACAAUCUUUGAACACCCUGGCGCAAAAUCCAUACAUGAGGGAUUAACAGGGCAUGCAAAUCACAGACUCUCUUAAAUGAUGCCAAUGCCACUAUCAGUUCCAUUUUUAGAGUCAAAAACGUAUCAGUUACUGUUGUCAGGGGCUCGAACGGAGCACCCGAGAGUGCCUCUAAAACAACAGAUAAAUCCCAUAAAAGAACGAGGAUGGGACAAAAAGGUCUAAGCCUGCGUACCCCGCGCAUAAAGCGAGAGACAAGAGAAUGUCUACCAAUAGAGACUUCAUUGAUAAGUGCAUGUUCAGCCUCUAUAGCAGCAACGAAAUGCUCCUGCAUAAACUCCAACACUGUACCGACAGGGCAGUGAACUGGAUUUUCACUUUGCACUGUACACCAAGAAGCAAAAAUACGCCACUUAAAUGUAUAUAGCCUCCUCAGUGAUGAAGCUCUAGCAUUUAGAAUGGUAUUAACCACAGCGGGGAUAACCUAUCAUUCAAAAGAGCACCUCGUUGAGGGGCCACACCCAUAACUUCCACAAGUCUGGCCGGGGGUGCCAAAUGCUGCCCCGUCCAUGAGACAGCAUAUUUGCUCUGACUGGAAUCUCCCAAGGCAUCUUUUCCAGGAGAGAGACCAGAGUCAAAAACCAUACUUGAGCUGGCCAAUAUGGUGCCACUAACAGAAGUAAGCAUCCUUCAAAUCUAUUGUCACAAACCAGUCCCCCGGCUGUACUUCUGACAUUAUUUGUUUCUGCAUCAGCAUUCUGAAUUAAAAUUUCAUUAGAGUGAAAUUCAAAUGUCUCAAAUCCAGAAUGGGACGCAAGCCACCAUCUUUUUUUGGGACCAGAAAAUAACGUCUGUAAUAGCCGCAUUCUCUCUGAGAAGGGGGAAGCUCCUCUGUUGCUCCUCUGUUACCCCUUUUUCUAAGAGAGAGUGAAUUUCCCAAAUCAAAAAUGGGGCUUCCCAAAUAGAGACAUCUGUCGGAACAACCCCAUUGAAUACUGGUGGAGCCCGCCUGAAUUGAAUGAUAUAACUAUGCUCUAUCAUUCGAAGUACCCAGUUCAAAAUGCCCUGCAACUGCUGCCAAGCUGCUAGACAGGCAGACAGAGGAAUUAAUGCAUGGCUCUCGCCUGUAGACAUGUAACCACUAGAUGGCGUGCUUGGCUUACUUUUGACGACUGCCCCACAACCAGCAGCACAGCAGAGGGGGGCCUUUGCGCCUCUACUACUGUGGCUUGUUGAAUGGGAUUUAAUAAUGUUUCUGCCUUUAUUGUAUUCAGGCAUAAAUGAUGAGUGCCCUGAAAUGCAUUUACAGCAGGGACGCUGACAGAUUUUGAAUGGGAAAGUGUGUGUGAACAUUGGGGGGAAUGUUUAUUUGAGAAAACUGGUUCACCACAAUGGCCCCAGCAUUCUUUAUGGAGGGACAAUGUGUGGUGCUUACGUUUACGGUGUGUUUUGUGUACACUUAUGCUUGAGGAACAUCGAAUUCUGUUAUGCAUGUCUCGAGAACCUUUGUCAUGGAGACAGAGGUGAAUUUGGGAAGCAAUUUUUUUUAAUGUUUGCUCCAAAUGGGACAUUCCAAACGGAGCUGGUGAACUCAAAAGCAUUUCUUAACGUGAUGCACUUGGUUGGACUGCAAAACCAUUGUGUGUAGAUCCAACAGCUGUCUGAAAAGAGGGACAUCCAUGCCGCCAUCGGAAAAUCGAGCAGAGAUUUCUCUCGCCAGAAUGCCCGUGUGAUCCAUGAAAUGGGCGAAAUAAAUUUUUUUAAAAAUACCUUGCAUCUUCUGAUAGAAUCCUGAGAGAAUAAUGACACCGAUUAAGCAAUCUGCACGUUGGUUCGCCAUCACUCAGUUGGGGAAUAUUCUCUUUUUCCAGCCCCCUCGUUCUGGGGCCGGGCUCACCGGUCCAUGCAUGAUCCCCCCCCGCCGCAAGCAGCGCUUCGAACGGGGAGAGGAGAGAGAGGCAGAGGCUGCUCCUCCAUUGCUUUAUUCAUGUGUAUUCUCCCAAAACAACAGAGAAAAAGACAAUAGGGACAAAGGGGCCCAUUUUUCUUCCUUACCGUCCAACAACGAAUUCUCUCAUACAUAGUUUUUUAAUGGCGAUGGAUCACGACACGCAUGGUCUGUCGCACGUGUUGUUCAGAAAGUGGCCGCUGAGCUAGGCCUCAGAGCAUGUCUGACGGGAUUCAUGCAUUCGCUCAGGGGGAGGGCGACAAACACGAGGAUGAUUCCGGUGUCCGUUCGCACUCCUAUCUUCUCAGACACAAAGCCCAAUGGCUCCAGCACACAGAGCUCCAAAUCUGGAGGCCAUAGAACUGGAACAAGUGGGGUAAUACCUCGUGGUGAGAGAUUGUGAGCCUCGACAAAGCGCUGUUGUCCUCGUCGGUUCCUUGUAAGGUUUGGAAAAAACACAUUGAAACUGCUCUGAAAUUUAUGCUGUGUCAGCGACGUCCUUAUGUGUUUGCCCCUCAAAAGGGAGAAAAAUAAUCCCUGCUUAGACGGGUGUCGCUAGAAACAAACACGGGCUUAGAUAAUUUGUGCACUGAAGAAUAGUAAAUCUGACUCAAUGGCACGAAAGCAAGCACCUUUAUGGAGCCUGUGAUGUAGCUCCCUAGGGAGCUUCACUUAAGCAUCAUCAGCCAAUAAAUUGGCGAGAUUGUAUAAGGGCUUCUAACCACGUGGCACUCGGACAGUGUCCCAUAGCGAUAAUGCGCAGCUUGAGUUCAACGAAAGGGAACUACACUUGUGUUUACUUGAGGGAAACUGACUUAAGAUAUCCACUAAACAUCACCUUGAGAGCAGUUGGUAAAAACAGGUUAGAUCUGAGAAAAGGUCAUUUGUUUGCAGAUGCCACUCUCUAAUGCAAAGUCAUUCAUACAUUUAUAAAUGUGACUUAAGUGUCCGAACACUUUUGGGGCCAAUGUAAAUCACUUACGAUUUCACGUUUAACUGUGACUUUCAUUUGAGAAUAUUUUAAGAGUUUGCACUUGUUUACAGUAACUGAAUCUCUGUUUGCUUGAUGUACAUUGUCUGGAGGUGCAUAGUGUUACAUACAGCUAUAGGUGCUAGAAGUGAGCUCAUCGAAAAGCUUUGUAAUGACAUUAGAUUAGGCCUUUACCACAUCCAACCUCACCCUGUGACUCAAACUGAUCGCCACAUGCAAAGUUACACAUUCCUACUGCCACUAUCAUUUUACCAAGCUUUCUUUUUUCUGUUAAUUCAGGUAACCACUUAUUUAUAAUUCCUCAGCACUACAGUGGUGCUAUUUAUGUAACUUUCAAACUCUGUGACUCUGUGCCUGAUGCUUUGCUUGUCAAUCAUUGGUCCUGUUCAGUGUGGAAUUACUUAAGAGAAACACUAUUAAUAAGUGCAGUACUGAUUUUGAACUGCCUAACAGUCCCUAACCUCAAACACAAAUAGUGAUUGUCCAUGGUACAUCAAGAAAUCUUUUUUUUGAAUUUACUACAUGUUAUGGCCAACACAUCUCUGAGUGCAUAACAUUGAACUGCUUUGAAAAUGUUUCUUUUCAGGUGGAACAUUUGUUGGUAGAUGUUUUAUAUUUUGUACAUUUGUAAGUAACAUAUCAUGUAAAUAGAAAGAGACCACAAUUUAAAUCAUUUGGGGGAUUUUGUAGUCUUUGUAAAGCCCUAAUAAAUUGUAUUUGGUGUCACCUGAGCAUUGAGUGCUGAUUCAUUAUUUAUAUAUUUAUCAAAUAAAUUAUUUUAUAAUUGUGUUUUUUUAAUUGUUUUUUUUUUUUUUUUUUUUUUUUUUUUAUCUCUGUUAUAUGUAUGUGUCAUGUUUUGUCUAUUGUAAAAUUUACAUUUUAAAUUCAGUUCAGUUUUACCAAUAAAUGAUUGACUCAUGAAUGCCCUCUUGUGGUCCUGAAAGUAAUUUUAGCAUGCUAGUGUUGUGACUGAUUUGUAGCAGAGUUCAUUCUGAAGCUGCUGAGUAUUAUUAAAAUGAGUUGGAUCAGAAAUGAGGCUCCUACUGCAUUAUACUGGUGAAGAUCACACAAGCACCUAGAAAUGUUCAGUGCUUUUUUCUCCAUUCUACAAAAUCUGA